CAGUGUCACUGUUUGCUCAAAGGACCUGGCAUAUAUUUUUAUCCUACAAGGUUAAGAUUUUAUUUUUUGUUCUGGCACUGAUCCUGCUAUGUGGGUCUGAGGCUGACUUUAUGACGGAUCUACAAACAACUUGAAGAGAUCUACUGCUGAAACACUUGGACUUCUUUUUUUUUUUUAACUUUAUACUUGUCUUCCUUGCUACAGAGCCAUGGUCCUCUGGAUUAUCUUCCCAAUCACCCUCUCCCUGGUGUCCCUCAUUGGAACAUGGACUGUAUAUGGCCUGGCCUUCUUCAACGGUCACGUCUGCUCCCUCAGUGAAUGGGGUAAUGACAACUUCUGCCAAGUGAAUCAGUCCGCUGGAUGUUGCUUGGUUCCCACCAUCAGCUCCAGUGGAAAGCAAUCACCAGAGAAUUCUCUUUUCACAGCCACAAUCAACGCAGGAUCCUUUCUGUUUCUGCUGUUCUGUAUAUUCCACCACGCCCAUAUUAUGGAGAAACAUGGGUGUCAUUCCAUGCUUAGCAAGUCUGCGUUGGUGUUUGGUGUGGUGGCAGCUUUGGGGGCAUUUGCAGCUGGAAACUGUAAUCCGGGAUACCUGGCCUUCCCUCACUACCUCGGAGCUGCCAUCAGCUUCAUGUGCAUCUGCUUCUACACAAUUCUGCUCACCGCACUGACAGGGAAGUGUGUCCUGACAGGAUAUGAAAGAGUUCUCUACCCACUGCGCAUCAUCUCCACCGUGAUACAAAUCAUCAUAACCAUCUGCUAUACCAUUUUCUUUGCCCAGGACAAGUACUACUACCUCCACCUGUCUGCUGUAUUUGAGUGGAUGCUGAGCGUUAACCUGGAGCUGUUUGAGCUCAGUUACGCAGUGGAGUUCUGCUUCUUCUCAUCCUUCAUGCUUUCAAAUUUGCUGAGCAAACGAGAUGAAGAAAAGCCUUUAAUGAUGUCCUGAUAUCAGGCAGCCAGGGUCCAGCUGAAACACACGGACACCGAGGAUGGACUGAGUAAAACAUCUGUAAAUACAGUGGCUGGAUCGUGGCUGGAGGACAGAUAGUGGUUUUUAAUUCCAGUCUCUGCUGGGAUGGAUUUCCAACCGUUACUGGACGAUGAUCACUUUAAUUCCACUCUCUUGAUACUGUUUGCUGAACAUUGUAAAAUAUUUCUUACUGGACAUUUCUAUACCAAAAGGUAAACCAUUCCAUAUUUAUUGAAACAAAGCACCUUGUACAGCAAAUGAACAAAACAUAUCAGUUGGAUUGUACUUUUGAGCAGGUUGUAUAGAUAAUUUGCCAACAGAACAACCAACCUGAGGUGUUAAAGAUCCUUUUUUGUGUGUGUAAUUUUGUUGGAUAAUCAGUUAUUAACGAAGAAUUUUUCUAAAUCCCAAAUUUAUAUAAAAAAAAUUUAAGCUGCUGCAUAAAGCUUUGGCACUUUAAUAAAACUAUGACCACUUUA